GUCGCCCGCAGGAGUUCGGCGACUUCCUAUAUAUAAGGGGAACACGUCGAGCCUUACUCGCAGAGGAUCUCUUGCUAAGUCCGUGUAUCUCUCGUGUGCAUCGCACAACUCAGGCAGCUAUGAAGGCAUUCAUCGCAUUGUUCGUGGUGGCUCUCGCUGGUCAAAGUAUGGCCGGAGCACUGUUUCCCAGGGACACCCCAGAGGUAGAAGCGGCCAAGGCUGCUCACAUUGCUCGUUACAACUACGAGGCUGCAAGGAAUACUCUUGGCUACGCCCCGUACGUUUACACCGCACCCAUUGCCUAUUCCGUACCCGUCUAUUACAACAGCCCGGUUGCUUACGGACCAGCACCCCUUGGACCCGAUGGCCGUGUACUCGACACCCCCGAGGUCGCCGCUGCCAAGGCCGCGCAUUUUGCUGCUCACGCUAAGGAAUCCCUGAAGCCGUACGGAGCUCUAGCCGUUUCGUCGCCAUCGUAUUACGCUUAUGGUUACCCAUACACGGCACCCAUUGGACCUGACGGAAACGUAAUAGACACACCGGAAGUCGUCGCCGCCAAGGCCGCCCACUUUGCCGCUCACGCCGCUGCCAUACAUUAACUAGUUGCAUCGUCAUAUCAUCAUCAUCGCUGACAUCCCUCUCCGAGCGACCACCGUUCAGUACUUUCAUGUAGCUGCUGCUACUGCACGAACUCGUGACGUACACGAACAUUCUUCAUUGCGAGACUCUUUGUACUCGUCUGAUCUCGAUUUUUUUAUUAAAUAUUAUAGUAUUACCAGACAUUUACGCGGCAUUAUUAAAUUUUAUACCCAUCACUACUCAGAUAAAGAAAUAGUACUUCGAUUUUUUAUACAGCAGUUAUUUAUAUGUAAGCGCUCGUUUUACUUCAUCAUGUACCAUCUAUAAUAUAAACCACAAUGAUUCAUCAUAAAUUGUGCUUUUAUUUUUUUUCCUUUUAAUAUGUUAUCAUUGAAAUUAUUAUUCGACUCUACUUGGAUCAUACUUAUUAUGAUAGGUUCGUAAUAGUUAAUGACCUACAAAUACGGACUUGUUUAUUAUCUCAACUCAAUUUCACGAAUAGCUAUACAGAAUUGCAAAAAAUAAACUUUCGU